AUGAAACAGGAGACGGUCCUGUUCAUCGACCUCACUAAUGAUAUACUCUCUUAUUACAAAGAACGUUUCAUCAAUGAGAAAGGGGACUUCAUGACAAACUUUGGAGAGGCACAUCAAGUCGAACGCUUGGAUGUUUUGAGACAUUUGACUUUCUAUACUCCACAAGUUCUUCCCUCUGUGGAUAAGAUGUUGGAGGGUAAGGAGGACCUGAAGAAGCCACUGGAGCAGUUCAUCACCGGCUGGGUCAUGCUAGCUACAGCCCAUAGAUGCUAA